AUGGAUCCGAUAAUCAAUUCUGCCACCGUCCUAUCCAAAAACCAAAGAAUCUUUCUAGGAUUGAUUGUGCUCAUUUUGGUGGACGUUAUUUGGGUAUCUUCGUUUGAAUUAACUAAGUACAUUUACAAGAAAGAAACAUUCGAAAAGCCCUUUUUUUGUACCUACAUCAAAACCUCAAUGUUCACCUUCUACUUGCUGGGUUUCCUAUUGUGGCCGCCGUGGAAAGAAAAAUUUUUCAACAAAACAUAUGCUCACUUGUCGGACCAAGAACAAGAAGAUUACUAUUACGACAACUCGGACGAGUCGAGCGCAAUUGUAAUUAAUUCAAGUCUGAGCAAUCCAACUUAUAUACCAGUUAAAGCAACAUCGGACAAUAAUAAAAGCUCUGGAACGGAAAGUGACGAUUCCACAAUGAGAUCUGUUAGAUUCAAUAAAGUAGCUGAAGUGAGGCAUUUAUCUGAAGUUGAUGCAGCCGAUGCUUUAUUAGCCAGAUUGUCUUAUCAAGCUUCUUUACGUGUUAAUGAUGUAACUAAACGAGCCACUGCAAAAUUGCCAGUGCAACAAGUUUCAAAAAUUGCUUUUGUGUUUUGUUUAUUGUGGUUUUUAGCUAAUUACACGUAUGAAGUGGCUCUGUUGAGAACUGACUCAAAAAUGAUGAAUAUUUUGUUGUCAAGUUCCAGUAUUUUUGUUUUAAUUUUAGCAGGGAUUUAUUCUUCUGGUAAUGCUGAUAAGUUUACCAUUUCAAAGCUGAUUGCUGUUUUAUUGAGUUUUAUAGGAAUUGUUUUAGUGAAUAUGUCUGAUAUAAAACUGGAAACUAACAUUCCUCUGGGAACAGUAUUAACAUUAUCAAGCGCGCUAUGUUACGCCAUUUACUUAGUUUUCCUUAAACGCUCAUUGCAAAAUGAAGAAAAAAUCGACAUUCCAAUGUUCUUUGGUUUUGUGGGUUUAUUCAACACUCUCCUCUUGUGGCCAGUAUUCCUGUUUCUCCACGCUACAAAGAUUGAAACAUUCGAAUGGCCUACAAAAGAACAAAUGACCCUUAUAUUGGUCAACGGUCUCAUGGGUACUGUGAUAUCCGAGGCCUUAUGGCUGUGGGGCUGUUUCCUGACAUCUUCCCUUAUGGCUACAGUAUCCAUAAGUAUGACAAUACCCAUGACAAUGAUAGCAGAUGUUAUAGUGAAACACCAAAGAUACCCGCCAGCGUUUUAUUUUGGCACCUUGAUCAUGGUCUUAGCUUUUUUAAUGGUUACAGUGUACUCGCACUUUGAAAAUUGGGAUCCGGUUUUGAGUGUACUGCGUUAUGCUUAUGUUAAAUGUUGCUAUAAGACUAUGACGAUACAUUCUAGAUUUAGCGAUCCAGCUUCGGAGCAAAGGGAAUGUUUAAUGGGAGCAAAUUCUGACGCCGAGUAG